CACUAACAUGUUUAUCUGUAAGUCGUUUCAAACUCCACUCACUAAACCUCUCUCUGGGAAAGGAGACUUAAAAUUUAUGAUCACAUGUAAAACCUAUUUACUUCUUAAACAUACUUGGGGUUUGAUCCUAUACCUGCAUGUUUUUGACGUCCAUACAAAGCCGUGAGAUACAUUCCUUUAGGGGAGGUUGACUUAAAUGAUCACCAACACUCGAGCAACGUUCCCCUAUAACACAUCGGUUGUCCCAAGGUAGUGCAAGCAGACGGAGCAUUGCCUUCACGGGCCUUGUAGCCACGUGGACCUCCCUGCUCGGUGCCGCCUCUCAGUACCUUCCCCUAUUCCCCUGAAGGUGUUCGCCAGAGAUGCGGACGUGGGCAUGAACGGUGACCUGGACUACAGCAUCAGGACCGGCAAGGGCAAGAAGGGCCGCUUCAAGAUCCACCCGAAGACUGGCCAAGUGUUCAGCAACAAGGCCUUUCCCCCGAGCAAGACCUUCGAUUUAAUGAUCCAGGUGAAGGACAACGGGGCGCCGCAGCUGACGGCCACCACGCGGGUCCUCGUGCGUGUGAUGGACGUGCCCGAGGAGUCUCCCAACCCGCCGGUCCUGCAGCCGCCGCCCCCCGCCCACGUGAUGGAGACGGACGCGCCGGGCCACCUGGUGUCCUUCAUCAACGCUCGGGACCCGGAUAACGACACCUUGUGGUACUACAUCACAGAGGGUGACGAGAGCGGCCGGUUCAGCAUGGGCGUGGACUCUGGCCUGGUGAGCCUGGCCCGCCGCCUGGACCACGAGGAGCAGCACCACUACGCCCUCACCGUCACGGCCACAGACGGCGUCCACACCGCCGCCACCCAGGCAGCAGCCAUGGCCGCCAACAGCCAGCCACGACCUCUGCAGCCCCUCAGCAGCCAUCGAGGUCAGCAGCUACACCAGGAGCUACAGCAGCAGCAGGAGGGACCACAGCCUCCCCCAGCCACAUCAGCAGCAGCAGGCACAGCCGCCGCCCCAGCUACAGCCGCCUCGGCAGCCACGUCUCCGCCACGCCAAUUGGACGCACGCUGA